GUAGCGAUGCCUUUCUGGUGCUAAUGCCUUUUCGCGCUUAUGGCGCUUUGUGAGUGGUCAGAGCGACGGUCCGCUCGCGUUAUCAACGGGAUCAGCCGGCCGUGAGCGGUGGAUGUAAGACUAGUAUAGAAUAAGUCAUAAGGCAUCGCUACAAAAUACCGGCCUAGGAUGCCCUUCGUUUUGUGAGUCUAAACAGAUACUCAAAACGACUUAAUCUUGCCAUAUUCUCAUGCCUUGGGACGUUCUUAGGACAUAGGAGAGCCAUUGAGUUCCUUGCUCGCAUGUCCUCACUCCAUUGAAAGUGACGCUGAUAGUAAGAUGAAAAAAAGCAUUGGUGUGCAAAGAUAAGGUUUGCAUAGAAGUGGCCGAAUAUUAAAAUUUCGUUAUUGUGUCGAAAACGAAUAUAUGAGGAUAGCGACCUUCGAAUAUCGAAUCGAAUAGUUCUCGUUUCCAAACAAUGUAAAGCGUAAAGCCUGCGUGGAGUCCGUUUGGUAAAUAAAGGAGUAUGACCUUGAGCAGAAGAUCGACCUGGAGAUUAAGAUGCGCGAGGGCACAACCAAGCUGCUUGCCGUGUGUCAGCACCGGCCUCAGAGCCUCGAAGCAGCCAAGUCGCUGCUCACCUCGAAUGAGCGCAUGGCCGCCUACGUCGCUGAGCUGCAACGCCGCAAGACGGCCGAACGGCCCAAGCAGUCCAUUGGCGGAUUCCCUCUGGAGUUGUCACGUUCCCGUGUGGCAGUGUCAGAGAUCCGAAUGCCACUGAUCUGGAAGGACACGGACCACUUCAAGAACAAAGGGGACUACCGUCGGUUUGCUGUUUUCUGCCUGCUCAAGAUUGGCACAGAGAUAUAUGACACGGCUAUGGUCAGCAAUGUGGACCGUAGCAUGACCGAUGUCUCCUUUGACGACACCAUUGUUUUCAAUAACAUUCCGCCUGACUUUGAGUUCAAGCUGGAAGUGUACAGCCAUAUUCUACAAGAUGACCUCAGCAUGGCCAGCACACCUCGGAAGAUAAAAACCAAGAUCACCAAUUCAGUCAGCCGAGCCAUAGGGCGCAAGUUGGCUGCAUCACUGAAAGAGGAGCUGAACUCCUUCGAAAUAGGGCCGAAGUUUGAGCUAGAGGCUCAUGCUACACUGCGACUGAGUGAUGCUGACGACAAGGCACACACCUAUGACCUCACCAUGGAGAACCUGGAGAAUCCGCAGCUUCAACUACCUCUCUUUGGGCACUUCUGUUGCAAGCUGGCUGUUGUGCCAGACUGCACCCAUGAAGAACAGCUGUCAGGGUACCUUGGUGUUGUGCAGCUGGCCAAUGGUGUGAGUGGUCGUCGACGCCUUUGGUGUGUCCUCAAGAACUUCCAGCUUUGCCUCUGGACAAGUCCAGAUGACUCUAGGCAUCUACCUCCUGUUCUGAGCAUCCCAAUCAACAUGGACACGCGUCUACGAACAGAUAACUGCUCUUCAAAGUACAUGCACGCCAUCCGCAUAAUCAGUGCCAUUGCUGACAAGGUGCAAGAACAUCUCAUCGUUGCUGAUGGUGAACAGGACUUCACAAAAUGGUUGCUUCACUUACGGCAGCACAUAAAGGAUCAUGAGCUCUGGGGAAAUCUUGCAUCAAAGCACAUGGAAAUUCCUUCUCCAGGACCUCGGAGAGCGCCAAUGUUUCUACACGCUCGACAGAUGUCUCUCUAUGAUGAAACAUCCUUAAAAGACUCUCCGCAAGGUUUGGCUGGUUCUGCGGUGCAAGACAAUGCCCAGCGCAUCUCGCCAACUUCAGUCCGGUCAAGAAGUUCAAGUACCUCAUCAGCUUCUAGUUCAGUCAGUGGCAGCCGCAACUUUCCACUGUUGCCAGCAAGGAAAGCAUUCGGUUAUUUCUGAAGAGAUCAGUGAUUUCCUAACAAUACCUUACUGGUUAAAAAGAGCACCUAAAUUCACUUUUUGUUCACGAACUGGGACAAGUCCUCAUUCAGUUUGGCAUUGCUGUUUGGAAUGUGUGCUUCUUUAGCAUCUCCUAGCCCACUGUGACUUUUAUGUUUAAGUCAGCUUGAGUUUUACUUCAACACCACAGUAAUCUCACCUUCUAGUCACAGUGCCGGCUCAACUGUUUUGUGUCAUUUGGGCUGCUAUUUCACUGGUGCUGCUAGUUUUGAUGCCUGUGAAGCACCUGGUGUGCAUUUGCUUAUGCUAUCAACAUUGACAAUCUUUUGUUCUCCUCCUGUUUACAUGUGAAUGGUGUGUGAAAAACAAAAGAUUCAGCAGCUUUGUGAAUUAAAGCAGGUAACUUAGUGGCAUCUGCCAUUACUAUCUUAGACUUCACUUGAAGAUUGAAUGUGUACUAUAACAUUUAUUACUGCGAUUGCUUAGCAUUAAGCCAUAUAAUGCCGUGUGGCUUUUUUGUAUGCUUUUGAUCAUUGCAAGUGUGGACAUGUAUAUGUAUGAGUGUGUGAAUACCUUUUUGGUGACUGUAUCAGCAAUGUUAUCAUUGUAAUUAUAGCUUUUAUGUCUGUUUUGGUUGAUUCUUCCUUUUAUGUCUGUCUUGAUUGAUUCUUCUUGCAUUGCCUUCAUCGUUAUUUUUAUUGUUAUUUUUUACUGACACACUAUUAACACUGUCUUAUUUGGCAGGAUCAUGGAGAAUGAGCACUUGAAAUUCAGAUACUGCUUAAAAUUUUGAUAUCUACAACAGGAACGGUAACACACAGCCUAGCAAGCAUAGAACGCAGUUUUCAGCAGCAAGCAUUUGCAGUUUUAUGAAACCACCUGCUAUUGCUUACACAGCAGCAUUAUUGUGAAAGCUCUGCCAAAGGUGCAGCUGCAUUGAUCAUGGAUCCAAUUGUUUAAUUGAGUGAUCAAUCGAUGAAAAAUGACUGAGGGGCUAGAUUUUUGUUAUUUAAAACUGCAUGAAGCUGAUAGACAAUGAUGUCAGGGAAAAGAGGGGAAACAAACUUGUCUACUGUGAUUCAGAAUGCCAUCUCAUUUUCAUUGGUGCCCAUGUAGCUGGCGCUGGCAACUGUUGGUAGCUCGCUAAAACAGCCCAAGUCCUGCCUAGUGUUCAUUUCCAUAAGUAUGCUCAGGCCACAGCCCAUCCCUAGCCUGCUUAAUGAGAACAAACUUGCUCCAAACAGGGGAACUGGGAUGACAAAGCCAUUCCUAGCAAGUUGGUUGCCCUGCCUCUCCCUCACUUGUUGAAUAUGCACAUGCAUACCUGUGCCACAUAAUCAUGGAAGUAGUAAUUAAAGGUCUCAUAUGAGUAGAAUUUUGGGCCAGUUGGUGAUGCAUAUUGACUAUGGUGAAGCGUGAUGACAAGACAAAGGAAGGUGAGACAGAUGGGACAAGCGCUGCUAACAAUUGUGAACGUUUAUUGGAAAAUUUCGCAGCAGCAGCAGGACAAUGCACGCAGGACCCCAAGACACUCUAAAACCAGCAACAAAAGCUUGUCCUGUCUGUGUCGCCUUCCUUUGUCCCAUCUAUCGCGCUUCACAGUAGACUAAGGUCUCAUGUUUGCUGAGAACACAAUUUUAGCUCGGUUGGGUCACAUCGCUAUUGAUCUACAGUUUGGCAUCAUGCACGAUACACUGUCUGGUCCCCACAUUUAAGUGCCGAGGCUAGGCUCCAUUUGCACCUACAUUUUUUUUACCCCUUUUAUGCACACCUUCAGUUUUCUUGAACAGCUGCCGAAGUAGGGGUUAAUCAUUGCUGAUCGUCGACUGAUAGAAGGGAAAAAAAAGUUUAAAUUCUCAUCCUUCUCCUCUCAUCACUGCAGGCAGCACUAAUAGAGAGGUUUAGCUUGUCCGGUAAUCGGGUAAACGCGGGCGGACGGCGUUAUAACCGUAAACGUGAGCAGCCUGUAUGGUGCUGCCACCUGGUGGUGCAGAGCUCAAUCAGAUAAAAACAGGUAAUAUUGCAGUAAUUAAGUGUAUUCUACUUCACUGCUGGUCUAAAUGUUCAGCAGCAAUACGGUUACACAAUUUACACAAUUGGCUAACAAUUUACACCAGCAGCGAAGUAGAAUACACUUGGUUACUGCAAUGUUAGCUGUUUUUGUCUGUUUGAGCUCUGCACCACCAGGUGGCAGCACCAUACAGGCCUCUCACGUUUAUGGUUCCGCCAAAACGCCCCAACGCCGUCUGCCCACCUUUACCUGAUUACCGGACAAGCUAAACCUCUCUAAUGACUUAAAAAUUAUUUUCAUUGGUUUGUUUUAAAUGUGCAUAACUUGUAGUCUCAGUUUUUUGUACUGUGACAUCUUUUCACAUGUUCAUGUCGGGAGCAGAUGGUUCACCUGAGACCAGACUGAGCAGCAUUCUUUUUCUUCAGUGCAUAUCUUGUCAAAGAAACAACAAUGUGCACAUUCCAUUCCAUGUUCCUGUGUACUGCAGGCAAAACAACAAAUGCAGCAGUAAAGAGUUUUAGCUUGUCCAUAAACAUAUUAGCAAUUGCAGAUUACCAGGUUACUGGAGUACCAGGUAUACGGCAGCAACAAUGCUGGCAGCAACAUUUGUGAUGCAGAGCUUAACCAGAGACCACGCCAAGGUAAUACUGCAGUGAUCCAUUAUAUUCUACUUAACGGCUGUUGUAAAGCACUGGUAGUGACUAGUGACUUAAUCAUUAACAUGCAGUCCUUUUAUGAUUUUCCUUCGAGAACACUUUCGCAACAUAAAAAAUGUUUCAAAUGCAUUGUAAUUGCACAAAGCAUCAUGAGGUGUUGCUAUCAGCUCUGCUUCAGCCUAUCUACACUACAGUAUUCUUAACAAGCUGAGCGUUUGUAACUGUGUUGUGAUAACUUUGGCUCUAAACAGAACCAUAGAUAUUAAAUAGUAAGUUUGCACGGGUGUGUGCUGUGUUCGCAGCAUUCUGUGCUUUUUAAUAUGGAGCAAAGUAACAUGACUCCAGUAAUCCGGUCAUCCGGAGAUGGUAACAAGUUUAAAGAUAAGCUCAAACUCUAUUGUUGUCUUUUUGCCGAGUUUUUAUCAACUGCUUAUUGUGCUUGGCAGCAGGGCAAGAAACUAGGAAUAUAGUGUGGCCGAGGAAGCUGUUGGUGGGAGUCGUGACUGUGGAUUUGUGCAUCUGUUUUUGCUUUUUUAUUGAUUUGCAAAUUCCCAUUGCUAAAGUAAUGUCACUGCAUCUAACUGCCAUGCCAGAUAGGCUACUGUUUAUGUAGUGAAUUCUUGUCAUAGGGUGCUUUGACUUAUACCUUCUAUCUCAAAACAUCUUGCAGUAGCAUGAGCACUGGUUGCAAGCUGUGUUGUGAUAAGGUGGGCUCUGUACAGAACCUUAAAUAGAAAUAGUAAUAGUAACAUUGCACGGGUGCAUACUCUGUUCACAGCAUUCUGUGCUUUUUAAGAUGAAGCAAUGUGAUUUUCACUAUUUAUUGCAGAAUCCCCACUUUAUGCACUUUUGCAUGUUUUUUUUUAAAGGUGUAAACACAUUGCUGAAUUAUACUCGUCAUUGUACACCACAGCUUAAUCCAAAGUUCUCAUUGGAAGGAUAGAUGGCUUGUAUAUAGAACAGGCAUAUGACUUGGUAUGAUUAGUUGCUUGACAUGGAGAAACAAAAAGUUUUGUUUAGCAGCUGCAGGUACAGUUUGUUUUAAUAAAGGCAUGUAUUCAUGUACCA